AUGGUGGAGUGGAUUCUGGUAAACAAUCACCAAGUGUCGGACAUUAUGCACUACCUUGACGAUUUUAUUUUGGCGGGCUCACCCGACUCUCCGAGGUGUGCGCGAGAUCUGUCAGUGGCGCUACAGGUCUGCACCAAUCUUGGCCUUCCUUUGCAUCCGGGCAAGUGUGAUGGCCCCUCUAGUAUAGAACUAGAUUCAGUCAACCGCGUAGCCCGGUUACCAGCAGACAAGUUGGCGAAUCUACGCGCACUCAUCAAUAAGUGGUCUUGCCUAGAUUGGUGCACCAGGCACGAUUUAGAAUCUUUAAUCGGCCACCUUCAUCACGCUGCUAAAGUAUUGUGGCCUGGCCGGGCGUUCAUCCGGCGCUUGAUCGAUCAACACCGAUGCUUCAGACAUGACAGACACCCAAUUCGCAUUAACAAUGAAACUCGUCGCGACUUGGCGUGGUGGCAACAGUUCUUGGAAUCUUGGAACGGUGUCAGCUUCUGGCUUUAUUCUGGUUUAGAAGCGACUCCUACGGUUAUCGUCACCUCUGACGCAGCAGGCGCCUUUGGCUAUGGAGCUUAUUUUGGGUCGGAGUGGUUUAAUGGGCUCUGGUUCGCCUCUCAGACCUCGCAGUCAAUAGCUUACAAGGAGCUCUUCCCUAUUAUUAUCGCAGCGCAUGUAUGGGGACACGGAUGGGGAAUUUCUGCUCUUGGCGCCUUGGGCUCGUCCUUCUCCUACUCCCAUCUCGGCGUGGCUUCUGGCAGAUAUCUCUCACCCUUAGAAACAAGGUGCUGGCGGUUCAUCUCCGAGGGACUUGCCCCGUCCACUCGUAAGUCGUAUGCUACAGGUCAGCGGAAGUUUGUCAACUUUUGCGCGCAAUUGGGAAAGCUCAACCCCUUGACCGGGUCUCCAUGCCCGGCGGAUGAGUGGACGCUUUGCUUGGUUGCGUCCUUUCUUGCGGAUUUUGUUCAGCUGUCGUCAAUCAAAGUUUACUUUUCUGGAGUUCGUGCUAUGCACAUUGAACAGGGGUUCCAGGACCCUCUUGCGGGCUGUUUACGACUCGAGAGAGUAUUGAGGGGCAUCAAAAGGGUUCGCGGUGUGAAUCCCUCGUCCCGGUUACCGAUUACCGAUAAGGUAAUGUAUACUAUCCACCGCCACCUGGACUUCAGGCUUCCAGACCACCUAAUGUUUUGGGCUGCCUGCUGCCUCGCCUACUUUGGCUUUCUGAGAGCAUCUGAGUUUACGGUAGACUCGUUGAACAGCUUCUCGUCACAGCGACACCUGCAGCCUCAGGACAUUACCUUAGAUUCCAUGUCGGCUCCCAUGUACAUACGUGUCAACAUCAAGGCCUCUAAGACUGACCCCUUUCGCAAAGGAACCUUCAUCUAUAUUGGUAAAGCCAGACCUCCCCUGUGUGCGGUUGAGGCCAUCCUAGCUUACUUGCACUUGAGAGGAGGUACACCGGGCCCUCUUUUUUUGUUGCAGUCGGGUCAGCCCUUGUCUCGGUCUAUCCUGACGUCUUGGUUGCGACAGAUUAUGCGAGCAGCAGGUUUCGCCGGUGAUUACUCCAGCCACAGAUUCCGUAUUGGUGCCGCCACCGUGGCGGCUAGGAAUGGGCUCUCAGAUCAUCUGAUCCAAUCUCUUGGCCGUUGGUCUAGUGACGCGUAUAAGGGCUACAUCCGUACCCCCGUAGAGGCGUUAGCAGCCGCUUCUGCUAGUUUGGUUUAAUAAAAGGUACUUCCUGUUCAUUCUGUGGUUGGUACUUGGUUUUGUAGAGAUCAGGAGGUCCCAUGGUAGCCGAGCCACAGUCCCUCCUUUUCAACUGUUUCAAGCACCUGGUUGGCGGGCAGCUGUGGCCCGGUUGCCAUGGUUCCCUGGGUAGCGCUUGGUCGGGCGACCAGUACGCGCUCCAAUACCUAACCCCAACUUAUCUGACGAUGAGUUUAAAUGUGUCUGAAUGAAAUUUAGACGAAGUUAAACCGAGUCACGGUCGCGCGCCCUGGGGCCGAAUGCCGUCCCCUGGUCAGGAGAACGACCACCCCGCGCCUUUCUUGCACUGGCAGCGUUUCGAGUGAGGCUAACCUAUAUGAUCCACGCUUUUUAGUCCCCACCCACCCUCCCAAAGCUAAUGUUAAGUAUAUUCCACUGAGAAAUCAGUGUGACGGGUAUCCCUUGUGGCGGGGAGCUGUGGCCCGGUUGCCAUGGUUCCCUGGGUAGCGCUUGGUCGGGCGACAAGUACGCGCUCCGAUACCAAGCCCCAACUUAUCUGACGAUGAGUUUAAACUUAAUUAGAAUUUAAUAAUUCUACAUACAAACCACAUUCAGCUAAUGAAGGGCCGCUUGGAUGACUAAUGUAGCUCCAAGGGAAAAGCGAACAGCGAACGAGGAAUGGGGGUAGAAGCAAGACAGAGAGAAGAAAGGAAAACCAUAUCUUCAUCGCAAAGUGAAUGAAACUUAUCUUGUGAAUGCAUAUAGAGCGAAUUUGUAGAGCUGGACGGACGGCAAAGGAGGGCGAUGACCUCGUGGCUUGCGAGCUCAUAUGAGACUGAAUUGCUAAUGAGUUUUUUACUUACAUAUCCUGCUUCGAGUCCAGUGAGAAUAGAAAAUUAAUCAUAAUAAAUAUUCGUUUGUAUGUCCCUUCCCUUGUCAUCAAAGCUAUAGAGGCACCUCUCUUUAAAGGAACUUUGUUUUUCUCUUGGAAUUGUGCAAAAUCAAAAAUGCAAGCUGGGACAUUAUUAUCAA